AUGGAUAUCGACGACAUCCUGCGUGAAGUCGACCCCGCCACCGACUCCAUCCCCUCCGGCACACGCGAUCUACAAGCCCUGACGCGUCGAUGGGUAGCAGAGCGCUCAGCGCCCGAGCUGUUAGACUGGCCGUCCGACGGGCUCUUCGAACGAGUCAACGACCGCAUCAAGGCGCAGAUUGAAAAGGUCGAAGACAUGACGGGCGACAUGGACCCCAAGGCCAACUUUUCCCUCAUUGUACUGCAAACAGAGCUGGAGCGGUGGAAAUUCCUCAUUGACAAGCACACCCUCCAUUACCUCUCUACCCAAGAGCUCCGGGACAGGCUAUCCCCCACGGAACUGGCCUACGCAACGAGACACCAGGCCCUCCUGCACAAUCACUACCUGUCCUCUUUUCUAGGCAGUUUUCCACAGCAGCUGCAGAACUUGAACGACACGGCGGGGAAUAUCAGCAUGAUUGAUGCGCCGGAUCUGGACACGGCCGUCUUCAUCCGCAUGCUGAGGAGCGCCGACGUUCACGGGAGCGGGACGGAUGCCGACGUCACGCUGCCGGCGGAGGAGGGUGAUGUCUUGAUUCUGAGGUGGUCCAGCGCGAGGGCGUUGGUGCAGGACGGGGAUGCGGAGCUUGUGUGA